AUGAUAUAUUCAGUCAUCUGCAGAUUUACAUGUUACUUUUGUCGUAAUGUUGGUCUGAAGAGUGUAGAUCUGUAUAUAAACCACCUGAAAAGAAGACACGCUGUUAAAAACAGUGAUCUUCUGACAAGUACCAGCUCCCCUCCGGUCCUAAAUCUAGUCAACUCUAACCUUGCUACUUAUUAUAAGACGAAGAGCCUGUUUGAAUGUAAGUUGUGUGACCUGAGCACUAAGGAUAGAUUGAUUGAUUGCUCCAAGGACUUCAACCCUAUCCUCUAUCAUCUCAAGGUCUUCCAUAGGAUCCAGACUCCCGAGAGACUCUACGCAUAUAUUUUCGACGGCCACCAGUUUGCAUACAAGAACAUGGCACUCAGUGAGGAUGAAAUUUGCCAUGAUCCACUAGUGAACUUCAACCCGAUAAAGCGGAAGAACAGUUUUCCUAAUCCGGAAACAGACAGACAUCUUUGCAUUAUUUGUGGGAAGCAGUUCAUAUCCUCUGAUCUGGUUCAGGUUCACCUUAUAGCUGAGCAUAUCAGUCUAGGAGUUUCAACCAAUCCAACUCCACCUGCUUCCCGGCAUGAAGGUCAUCUCUUGGCUCAAGCUGGUGAUGAAAUUAUUGAUAUUGAUUGUUUAAUUGAAGAAGAAAAAUUGCGCAAGGCAAAUAAAAGAAAAUCCUCAGAUCUUAAGAUAGUGACUGGGCCAAAGUCAAAGAGCCCAGAAAGCAUGCACCAAUCAGAAUGCAGAGUUAAGAAAAGUCCUGACAGAUCUGACCAAUCAGAAUGCAAGGCUUUUGAAAACUCUAGCCAAUCAGAGAGCGAAACGGUUAAAAAUUCUGAUAAUUCUAACCAAUCAGAAUUAAGAGCUGGGCCGACAAAAAGGAAGAAAGAGGAAACAAGUGCCGGAAAAAGGCGGAAAAAAGUAACAUCCAGAGCUUCAAAGGAUACACAUUCUACUGAAAUAUUGGAUUUAGAUAACAUCAACGUAGAACCACCAGCUACUAUAUCGGUUCAUAUACCGGGCAAUUACGACAUUGACAACCCUGAUGAUGACCAGGAAGGUCCUAAUGACGACCCUGACGGCACUAAUGAUUGCCAUGAUGGUCCUAAUGAUCCUGGAGAAUCUGAACUGGAGAUCGACGAAGAACAUUUUAGUAUUAACAACGUUGAAGUUUCUAUUAACAGUGAUUCCAACGCUCUUCAGGAACAAGAUUACUGCCCGGUAAUUGAUAAACGAAUGAUGAUAGAUCAACUGAAUGAGGAAGGUGAGGAAGGUGGAACUGAAGUGAGGGUGAUUGGCCUGGUCGGGAAAAAUCCGGUUUUUCUACGUUGUGAAAUCUGCGGUGUUGUUUUAACGUCUAUCCUGGGGUUUAGCUCCCAUAUGAGGAAAGAGCACAAGGAUUGUGACCUAGAGAAGAAUAAACCGUUCCCCUGCAAUCUCUGCACCCAAUCCUUCUACUUCAAGUCCAGUCUCAACUCACACAGAAGUAAAGCUCAUCAUGAGAUAUCUGGUGUAAAGUACACCUGUACUCUGUGCCCCUCAGUAACCAACAGUAAGAAUGGGAUGAGGCGUCAUAUGAAAAACUGCCAUGGCACUAUCGCUGAAGACUAUCUGAACUUUAGCUGUGAGUUCUGUACAGAGAGUUUUCCUAGUAUAUUAGAGAAGAAAUCACAUAUUUCAAGGACACAUAAGGAGAGUGUAAAUGUGGAACAAUGUUUUCUGUGCACGCAUAUAUCACCGAACAAAACAGCGCUUAGGAGACAUUUCCAGCGCAUUCAUCCAGGAGAACCACUCUUCGAAACCGUGUCUUAUAAGUGUGGGCAGUGUGAUCUUCUGUUCCCGUUGAAAUCUCUUCUCUCCUCUCACAUCAAGGAAAUUCAUCCUAGAGCUGUACUUUACCAGUGUGUUUACUGCUUAUCUCAGUUCACUUCGAAGAAUACACUGGCCACCCACGUGGCACUGCAUAAACAGGAAUAUAAUGGGGAAGAAUUAUCCUGUACUAAAUGUGAUAAAGUAUUCAAAUCUCCACGUGCUCUGAAAAACCACGUGGUGAGUGUACACAACGAACUCAAAUCGAAACCUCGACAAAAUAAGAAAAUUUCAUGCAGAAUUUGUAAAAUCAGAUUCGCCAGUUCAGAAGAAAAGACCGUACAUAUGAGUGAGAAGCACAAGUAUGAACGACCCUACUCCUGCACAGAAUGCGGAAUAACAUUUAGCUCAAGAUCUGGUCUGUACAACCAUAGAGGGGUACAUAAGAAUUCUGGUUUAUUUACCUGUUCUUUCUGUGAGAAAGUAUUCUCUAGAAGAGAUACUUUUAAAGAACAUGCGCUUAUACACAGUGGACCCAGGCAUAAAUGCCCGCACUGCCCAAAGGAUUUUGUUCAAAGAAGUAAUCUGAAGAGACACAUUAGAAUUCAUCUAGGUAAAUAUAGAGAAUUCAUUUAGGUAAAUAU